UAUGGAGAUAGUGCCUAUAUCAUCCUUAUCGCCUUCUUCGGCAUUGCCUACCGACUGUGGGUUCAAGGCACUGGUCACACUGCUCUGGCCCUUUUCUUCAGCAACUGGACAAUGCGCUCUUCUCUUGGCCGACCCGGACGCGCGACAGCGACACCAGAAAGGUCAAGUACGCGUACGGUUUACUGGACCAAGUGCGCGCCAUAUAGCUGCAUCAGGCAUUGGUAUCGGCGAUAGCGUGCAAGUCGCGCUCGUAGGCGUGCAAUGGUUGUCCGAGUCCAGUACAGCUCUGGUCAAGACGCCCGGUAGGAGCGUUGAUGGCGAGCUCAUAUUCAAGAACCGUCUGACCAUGACCAUCAUGCGAGGAGAGGCUCAGUUGAGAACAAUCAAUGUGGACGAAUCCAUCCAGCCCACGUCACCGAAGCCUAGUAUGCUGCCACCAAGCACGCCUAUCACUCGACCCAAACCUCGCACUUCCUUCGAUGCUUAUGGAGUCGCCGUAUAUUCUUCUCCAGCUUUUAUGAAGCGUCUUCGAUUGUCUGAAGGAGGCACAUCAUACUCNCCCGUACCCGUGUCAGAAGACGACGACCAGGAUACUGUCGCAUCGCGCAAGAGACGGAGGGUUUCAUACAAAAACGUUUCUGAAUGGAAGUUUGACGCCCGAGAACCUUCUCCCGAGAAAGAGCAAGAUGAUGUCUUGGAGGUUGCAGGUGCAGACGAGAACCUGGCCAUUGAAACUGCAGUGCCAAGAAAAGCCACUGUAGAAACUGGCAACGUGACCGAGGAAAGUCAGGACUUGGAUAUGCACGAGGCUGCUGAGUCAACAGAAAAGGCGGACCAACGACCUGAGCAGCGUACCUCUGAAGCCCAGAAUGUUCAGGGAAUUGCAGUACAAUCUGCUCAGGAGACUGUCGCACAAGAUCCAACAGUAAAAGUUGCCGAGGAACAGCUGUUGCAGACUGAGGCUGAGGCUCCUUCGAGGUCUGCAGCAGGAAAUCUCGGCGUGCAAGAUCCAGAAGAGAAAGUGGCAGAAGCAGUGGUUCAACAACCUGACGACACCACGAGAUCAGGAGAGACUAUUCUGGAGGGAGCAUCACAAGCUCCUGCAAGUUCCGUGACGUCCCAAGUCCAGGUUUCGACCUCUCCAACCAUGCAACCUUCUGAUUUGCCGCGUCUGACUAUAUUGCCAACCGAAAGCGAACUUCUAGAACAAAUGGCGCGUGCCCAAGCCAUCAAUAGGCCGACAACGCCAAUCUUGCAGCCACUGCUCACUGAAGGCCUGCCUUUACCAUCACCUUUCCCGACAAGUGCCCAGAAGAUGCCUUCGCCAGUUGUUCCGAAUGUAGCAGGAACUCUAGAGAUCACUGAGACAGCCCUUGGGCAUGUGACAAACACAGGAAAGGCUGUUGGUUUCGCCGAGAAAUCGUCACCCGCUUCCAACGUCCAAAUACAGAAUCAACCAGCAAGUAUUAUGGCGGAGGUACAAGAGUCUGCGCCGUCUUCCAACAUAGUUCAGGCGAAGACGGAACCCUCGCAGCAAAACUCGGACCAGCGGACAGGAUCAACAACACAAACGCCUCGCAUUGUUGCAGACACCUGUGACGGCUGCGCUGAAGAAAACCCUGUUGUGAUGUCUUUUGGUAGUGAGGACGAGGAUGAGGACGAGGAUGAGGACGAGGAUGAGGAUGAGGAUGAGGAUGACGAGAAGGAGGACAAAGAAACCGGACCUUCCAAUCGACCAUCAGUGGCUGUUUCUUCACCAAUCGUGGCAGAUGUCCAAUUCGGACAGCGCUCGAGAGGUGACAGAUUCGACGACGAGAGCUCUGCUGACGACGAAUCUGAUGAAGACAUGGAAUCGCUUAGUGAGGAUUCAGAAUCGGAUGAUGCGUCCUCUGUAUACAACUCCGAACAGAUCUUAGCUCUGCAAGAGCAAAGUGAUAACGAAGGUGCCGUCGAAGAACCAGAUUGGGACUACCUGGAACGUAAACUCGAGCAAGAAGAGGCUGCUCUCCAACAGUCAAGAGAAGACCUUACUGCCAGAGACAACGGUGUCAUCGAGGUUGCCGACAACCUUGAAGAAGGAGAUGAGGCAGAUGAUGCUGUGAUUCACGAUGACAACUCUGACCUCGACGAAGAGAUGUUGGCUAGAAGCGACGACGAAAGCGCUGAUGAUGAAUCCGACGGCUCGGGAUAUUUUGAUCAGGCUGUAAUGCCUGAUACUGAUGAUGACUCCAGAGAAGAGUCCGAAGUUGAGAUGAUGGAUCAAACUUGUCAACCUUCGAUGCGUGAAACCAUGUAUAGCCAUCCAUUUGGCCUAGAUGGAGCUCAAACACUGACAGAAACGAGGACGGCAUUGCCUUCUCAAGCAGCGUCAGAGACUAGUUCUACAGCGGGGGAUGAGACCAUCGCCUGGCGUGACAGAGAUAUUGCUGUCGAGACCCUUGGUCAGCAAUCUCAACAACCCCAACCUCAAUCUCAAACCAUCAACCAAGCAGCUCGAACAGUUUUACCUCCUCAUGCUCCGCCACCAUCUUCAUCUAGGCUUGACGUCGUCGGGUUACUAGACGAUUCGGAAUCAGAUGAAGAAGAUGAUACAACCGCUGCUCCUGUUCCUCAAGAGACGAUUGAUUUCUUGCCUUCGGUUAGUCUUGUCAACAAUUUGCUCGGUAACAAACAGAAGGAUGCGCACCUCGAGCUCAGCGGACCAGUCACUGCCCAGAUUCGCUCAGAGGUCAAGAAGAUAUCACAGCAGGCUGACAGUCCGAGUACCAAAUGGACCAAGUUCAAUGCCUUGAAGACCAUCUGUAAAAUCGGAGUCAAUGUGGUAGUCGCCGCUGACAGUAGUAACAUAUUUGCAGAGGGUGUCAAGUAUCGUCUCAAGGAGGACGAAGUAUUUGUCAGUGCCUGUUGGAAAGUCUACAACCAGCUUUCAGACGUGGAAAAACACCAAUCAGGUCAACUAUCCGAUGUGCUUGCCUGUCUCGAGGAGCUCGAAGAGAAGCGGGAUUACUGUUUUGAGGGGUUCACCGAGUUNUUGGAGCAGUUCAAACAGAACUACCAUCAUAUGCCUGCGGAGAUAAGACAACAGCAAUGGCAGCCCAAGAUGUACAAGAACUGGAACUACAUGCGGCUGUCCAGAACAAAGAUGAUCAACAGAGGCCUGCGCCUCGAGUUGUCGAGCCGCAGUCUGGACAACUACAAGCAGAGCCUGAAAGCCANAACAUGGAAGGCCGACAUGGAGACUGAAACAACUGCUCAAGCAGGCCCAGCUCAAGACGAGCCAGCGUCUGUAGAGGACAUAAACUCUUCUCNAACCUUGGAGGAAGAAUUCGAGUCUCAAUCAGAAACCGGUGGAGACGAAUCCGAGGUUAUGGAUGUCGAGGCUGCUUCUGUCAGAUCCACUGACGAGCAUGAGAUUGAUCCUAUGGUGCUCGAAGAGGAACACGAGAUUGAUCCCGCCUUGCUUGAGGAGAGGGACCACGUCAAUUCCUCGCAAUCACAAGGAUUGAUCCUGCGUUACUUGAAGAAGAACAUGAGAUUGAUCCUGCACUGCUUGCAGAGAGACAUGAUGGUCUUCAGNUCUAACAGUCAUCCUAGCCCACUACAAACUGACGAGGCGACGUCCGAAGCCCCCGAGCCUGCCGCCUUUUCAGUUGCUGACAAUGAAGAGAAUGACCGACGGACCGUUGAAGGAGAGACUACAGCUGCAGUGGAUGAGUCCAUGAAAGACGANAUUUUUGUCACUCAGAACGAUAACGAAGCCGCCGCUCAAGUUCACGAAGCUCCUCUCAAAUUGGAGGUUCAACAGAGCGUCGAGAUAGAUCUUGACAUUCUAGAACAGCCCAAAAUAGAAACCACACAAAGACAAGCAUUUCCAGCAUCUGGCCCGGAAAGCGCAACAGAGGUCAAAGAGGAGCUGCGUCCGUUGUCGAGCUCUAGCUUCAAGACUCUUAGCCCAACUCCAGACCAUGUUCAAGCCCAGGCACUGGAGUCUGCUACUCGUUCUGCAACUCAUGAUGGUUCACACUUCCCGUCUCAAGCGUUUGAUCAGCCCAUCGAGGAACUUGAUCUCUCUCAAGUCGAGCCGUCUUGGACAUCUCGUACCUCCCAAUUCUCACAAUCACGAUCGUCACGCGCACAUACCCGGAGCGAAACCAUACCGGACAGUGCUGACGAAGAAGCGACCGACCUGGAAGCAGAGAACAAUGAUUCUUCUGUUAUACAUGCAAGCCCAGAACCAGCAACUCAGGCUUCGCCAUCACAGGAUGCUCGAGGAGAGACAAUAAUACUGCCAUCGCAAGAGCUGGGCACUGCUCUCUCNAGUCCCAGAAGCAGGCACCUGGUNCCUCCAGCAAUGCGGUCGCAGCUUGCCGCCAUAGAAGAGACACCAACCUCUGACGAUGGAGGUGCUGCAGAAGAGAUGAGAUCGCAAGUCGGUCUCGACGACGAAUUGCUUGCAGACUACCCUGAGUCUGAGGUAGUCCCAACGCCUUCGAAACCAGAAACAAUGCCUUCGACUCCUAUAAGUACGAAGAAGCCGGCAAGACCUUUGACACUUUUCAGAGGUCGGAAGUCAGUUGGUUCGCGAUUGUCGAUUGGGAAUGGCGAGCAGCAGACUGAGAAAGUCGAGCGGCAAUCCAGAGACGGCGAACAACAGAUUGUGCAAGAUGGGGCGAUGCAAGAUGUGUCUUCUCACGAACCGAAGGCGUCUGAGAUGAUUGAGAAAGUGACAGUAGCUACGAUUGACGGCGACAACCAGGUUCUCAAUGCGACUGAUGCUAGCUUGUCGUUGACGUCUUCUGCAAUGUCUGAAGCUCACCCGCAGACUGCACAAGAACCGCGAGGAGUUGCCGAUACUACGUCCACUACGGCAGUACUUGAACCAGAGCCUUCUACCGCAGUCGAGAAGGUAGAACAAGCCUCGAGUGACUUCCAGAUCAAGCCAACACUCAAGCCAUUUGCAGAGGUCGAAGCAUCACUUUUCGGAACACCUGUGAAGGGCCGAACUGCUGCGCCACAGGAGCCUCAGUCCGCACCUGCUCAAUCCUGGCGUGACGCACUGAGCUCCAAAUUGAGCGAAGUGCCCGUCAUCGGCUCCUGGUUCACGCCUCGACGCACCACUGAGAUUCAAAAGGCAGCCACCGAACACAAAGCCACGACCUCUGGUACUUCGUUUGUGGAAGACACACCAACAAAGGCUGCAGCUGUAUCCUCUCGGGACAGGCAAAAGUCGAUCUCGCCUCCGCCGCUGCAACGUUACGUAUCCCAAGGUACAUCGACGUCUCUAUCGUACUUCACUCCUUUGGCCGGACUUCAUCAGCAUCUCAAUCAGCAAUCUUCUCUUAUUGAUAUUGUUGCUGUCUGCACAACAGCCACCGGCACAGCGGAACGCGCCAAGUCAGGUCCCAAAGAUUACUACACGACAUUCAGAGUUGUUGACCAACCACUUCACGAAUACACCGCUUCUCAAGAGACCUCGGAAGGCGAAAGCGUAGAGGAUGUCACGAUUGAAGUCUUUCGUCCUUUCAAACAAAGUCUACCAAAGGCUUCACCAGGAGAUGUUGUCUUGCUCCGAGGGUUUGUAGUGAGAUCUCGCAACCACAAGAACUAUCUCCUGUCCACUGCGGCCAGCGGAUGGUGUGUAUGGCGUUACGGUGCAUCCUCUGUGUCCACUCUGGAUUACGAAGGCCAAGAAGAGGAAGACGAUAGACCUGUAUGGGCUAGAAAGGGCACAAGCCAGAGAGUUGGCGAGGAUGGCGUGAGAGAAGAGGUCACUGGCCCGCCAGUCGAGAUCGGAGAGGAGGAGAGGGAGAAGGUUGCAAUGGUAAGGACAUGGUGGGAAGGUUUGCAGAAGAAAGGCAAAGGGAAGCAAACAGAUGACCAUGAUGUUAUCAUGAUUGAU